AGGGUAGCCUCUGCGUCUAAUUUACUUUUCUCUUUCUCUUCUUUUUCGUGGCUUAUAAGCUCAGCUCAUCUCCAAUUUAGGGAAAACCAAAACCCACUUUCACUUUUCCUAGAGAGAGAAACCCAAUCAUCCCGAUAUAUUUAGAGAGAGAAGUAGGUGGGGAAGGUAGGAGAGACAAUUUCGCUCUGGAGUCGACCCUUUCCCUUCCGCGUCUAGGGAGGUGGUUAUGCCGGUUGGCCUACAGGUUCCAGACAUUGAUUUAAAAGGCUCAUUUUGUAUUACUAAGAUAUGGAGCAUGUCCAAUUCUUGUCAAAUUGCUUCCAUUUCCAGGUCCUUUCAUUCCAGAAAGCUCUUGACUGGAGGUUCUCUAUUCUCGGAGAUUUCCUUGUUUCCUUUGUCAACAGCACCUAGUGCCCAAGUUUUUCUAAAUGAUCAGUAUAGGAGGCCUAAUGCAAUUUUCUACUAAGAAAUUUGUUGGAUCUUUAGCGUUCUCUUAUGACGCUUCGUGGAGUGUAUAUCAAGUUGAGAGUUUCAGAAAGAUAUCUUGUGGGUCUCCUGCAGGGCUGAUAAUUUCAGGCUGAGGAAUGCAGAUUGCUUUUGUAGUCACCACUAGAUAAGCCUAUCCAAUUAGACUCUUUGUGCCCGUAGUAUUUUCUUUGUUUCUCCGGGUGUCUGUUAGGUGCGUAGAAGUCAUUUUCCACUGGAGUUGUGUGGUAGCGUCGGUGUUAUGAAGUGAAUCAGAGAUUUUUCUUUGAAGAACAUGUUCUUUAGUCUCCAAGCAUCUUUGCUGUCUACCCUUUUGGACUGUCCCAGAGCAGCUGGUCAUGUAUUUACCGUGAUUACUCCCAAAACAUAGCCGAUUUACCGGAGUUCACAUCUCGUGUCCGUGCUGCUGUGAUAGAAGAUUAACGGGUGGAUUUUGCUGGAUCAAUACAACCACACAACUUAUUAUUGUAUAGUUUUAUUUACAGACAUCAAUUCGGCAUCUGUCUUAUGUGUCUCCUGUUAGUUAUUUUUCAAUUUUGUUGAAUAAAGAGCCCUUCAUCAGCUACUCAGCUUUGUGGUUUUCUGACUCAACAAUGGAGAGGUACAAGCUGAUUAAGGAAGUUGGCGAUGGAACUUUUGGGUGUGUUUGGCGUGCUAUAAAUAAACAGAGUGGAGAAGUUGUUGCUAUAAAGAAGAUGAAGAAAAAAUAUUAUUCAUGGGAAGAAUGCAUUAAUCUAAGAGAAGUGAAGUCGCUAAGGAAGAUGAGCCAUCCAAAUAUUGUGAAACUGAAAGAAGUUAUUAGAGAGCAUGAUAUCCUGCAUUUUGUGUUUGAAUAUAUGGAGUGCAAUUUGUACCAACUUAUGAAAGACAGGGGAAGACCCUUUUCAGAGAAUGAUGUCAGAAAUUGGUGCUUUCAAGUAUUUCAAGCCCUUGCCUACAUGCACCAGCGUGGUUAUUUUCAUCGCGAUCUCAAACCAGAGAAUCUUCUGGUCUCAAAAGACGUUAUUAAAAUAGCUGAUUUUGGUCUUGCACGAGAAGUUUGUUCUGGGCCACCUUAUACAGAAUACGUCUCCACACGCUGGUACAGGGCUCCUGAAGUUCUGCUCCAGUCUCCCACUUAUACUUCUGCUGUGGAUAUGUGGGCAAUGGGUGCGAUAAUGGCUGAGCUGUUUACUCUCCGUCCUCUUUUUCCUGGAUUAAGUGAAGCGGAUGAGAUCUAUAAAAUAUGCAGUGUCAUCGGAACACCAACAGAGAACUCUUGGGGCCAUGGACUUCUGCUUUCUCGAGCAAUGAACUAUCAGUUUCCACAGCUUCCUGGCGUGCAUCUUUCAACUCUCAUACCCUCUGCAAGUGAUGAUGCUAUCAGCCUUAUUAGGUCACUUUGUUCCUGGGACCCAAUUCAGAGGCCAACAGCAGCAGAGGUCCUUCAGCAUCCCUUUUUCAAGAAUUGUUUCUAUGUGCCCCCAUCUUUACGAACUAGAGCAACUGUCAACAGAACACCACCAUCAUUGGCAGCCAGGGGAUACUUUGAUCAGAAAUCUGCGAGGAAGAGUAGUGGUCCUGGAACUCUUCCCGCCCCAAAAGCCACAAAUCUAAAACCUCAUGUUGCCUUUGGUGCAAGUGUACAACGCAAACUGGAAAUGGAUGGCAAGGAUGUAAACAAGAAUGAUAAAUCUAUCAAGAGCUCUGCUGUUAAACAACCAAAGUAUAGGCCGCCGGCAAGGAACAGUCCAUCUUCCAUUUACCCAGGUAGGACCAGUCGCGGAGUAAGUGAAACAGCAGAGAAGUUGUCCAACAUGUCUCUAGGGUCUGGCAGACAAACAAUGAGGCAAUCAGUACCACCACCUAUGAAGGCUGGAGGAUGGCAUGGACAAUCUAAUAUGUUUAUGGGACGAUCUCAGGAGAUCCAACCCACUAGAACUUUCCCAAGAAAAGUUGCAGGAUGAUCUCUUCUGUUCUGUUCUUAUCACUCGGGUUUACAAUGAUGUACAUACAGCUGAAAUCCAUGCAGUGAAAGUUGGGGUUGCAGUUGGAUGUUAAAUAAAAUAAGUGGUGGUUUUUUCUUCUGAGUGUUAGUGUUUUCUAAAUGUUUGUCUGGAGGAGUGUGAACAAUGUGAGAUUAUCUAGUUUGUUUUAUUUCCUAUGUUUACCUAUCAAACUUGACUAUGAGAUCUUUCUAGUUUGUUUUCCCGUGUUUAUGUAUUACUACUACUUUACGAGUAUCAAACUCGAAAUGUGAGAUUUUUCAAGUACUUUAAUAUGUUGAGGAUGUUGCUAUGAUAUUAUACCA